CACCAAGCAGUGUCCUUCAUGUUGGCCGAAAUGGCACUGAAAGUGGAACUGUCUCGCCUGGCCUACCAGAGGGCAGCAUGGGAGGUAGAUGUUGGUCGUAGAAAUACCUAUUAUGCCUCCAUAGCAAAGGCAUAUGCGGGAGAUACUGCAAAUCAAGUAGCUGCUGAUGCUGUCCAAAUUUUUGGAGGAAAUGGAUUCAAUAGUGAAUAUCCAGUAGAAAAACUAAUGAGGGAUGCAAAAAUAUACCAGAUUUAUGAAGGAACAGCUCAAAUUCAGAGAAUAAUUAUAGCUCGUGAACAUAUUGGCAAGUUUAAAGCUUGAGAAUGUCCCUGAUGUACAUUAGCUUGAUUUACAAAUGUUGGGCUUUUUUCUCCUGGUGUUUUACUUUUAAUAUGGGACAAAAAUGGCAUGCAACAAUGUAUUGUCAAGACCUAAUAUAUGAAAAAUCCAGUCACUUAAUUUCUAGAACUAUUCAAGAGAUUUCACAUUUUUGUUCAGCUUUAUCUGAAUAUGGUUAUCGCUGUUCUUUGAAAUCUCUAUAGUGUAUUUAAAGUGCCUUGGAGUUUUGUAAUUGAACAGGUCACUGACCUAAAUUAGAUGAAGAAUUUCAUACCAAAUUGAAGUCUGGGAGCCAUAUGUGAAUUAGAUAUUGUUAGAUAUGUAUUACAGCAUUACUACAUAUUACAUAUUGACUACAUUAAAAUAUUUUUGUAGAUAAAUUAGUUUUAUUGCCUGCAGUUGGAUUCAUAAAGAAGAGCUAUUUUUGUUUCACAGAGCAGAAUGAAAUUUAAUUAAAGUUCCUUGCUGAAAGAUGCAAAAAAUUUUUUUUAUUCAAUCGCCUUUCCCAUGCCUUAAUGCCACUGUUUGGAGUGUUACUUCAAUUCUCUAGGAUAAAAUUUUGAGGAUGUUGUAAGAAGAAGAGAGAAAAUGGUGCCUUAAAUGACCAGUCAACAAUUCCAAGUUACAGUUACAGUUACAGUUAACGAAUGAUGGUUACAACUAGUUCUUGGAGUUCUGGUCAUCCUAGCACCCUGCUAGUCAUGUGAUUGCAAUCUGGGUGUUUGACAACCAAUUCACACUUACAGCCAGUUGGCAUGCAUCCCACAAUCACUAUUGCCACUUGCAAUAUUUCCUGCUAGCUUCCCCAGGCCAAUGGGGAAGCUAGAAGGAAAGAUUGUAAGUUGCUGAUCUAAGUGUUUCCUAUCACACAGUCUUCCAGCCUCUCUGCACUUACUUCACAUUAGUAACUCACCCUCUGAUUCGUACCCCUGUGCAUAUCUGCUGACCUGAUUGGCACUUUGUGCACCCUCAGCAACCCUCAUGGCACCUCUCGCAUACUGUCCCUGACUCAUGCAUCAUCCUUUAUGCACCCCCUCACAUCACAUCUUUUGAGAACGCAAACUCCUGUCGCAAUUGCUGUUGGAAGGACUAUCUGUACCAGAGGCGUCAAACUCGUGAGGUGCGGGCCAGAUGCGUCACGCACUGGCCACACCCACCAUUUUGUGGGAGUUGUGAUACAUGAUGACAUGAGUUUGACACCCCUGAUCUGUACUCAAAUAUACUCACAUAGCCAUGCAAUGCAAUUUUCCCCUAAUAAUUUUAUAUUUACAGUAUUCUUAUGAGCUGUAUUUUCAAAUUACCAAUAAACCAAAAUUAUAUAUGCCUAAA